UGAGUAGCUGGGACUACAGGGGAUGUGGUCCUGUCUGGCUGUAGCACCCUGAGCCUGCUCACUCCCACACUGCAACAGCUGAACCAUGUAUUUGAGCUGCACCUGGGGCCGUGGGGCCCUGGCCAGACAGGCUUUGUGGCUCUGCCCUCCCAUCCUGCUGACUCUCCUGUCAUCCUUCAGCUUCAGUUUCUCUUCGAUGUGCUGCAGAAAACGCUUUCACUCAAGGUUCUGGGUGUGGGGAAGGGGCAGGAUGUGCAAGGAGCCCAAGAGAAUGAUGGACGUUGGGGGUAGGGUAGGGGUGCGAAAGUCUGCACUGCCAGGAUCCAGAGGGUGUCAGAGGUACCAGUGGUUGUGCUAAGAAAGGAAUGUUGAGGACAGGGAGAUCUGCUGUGCCUCAGUAAAUGGAGUUAUUUAUUUAUUUUUUUUCUUCAGCUGGUCCAUGUUCCUGGUCCUGGCCCCCCAGGGCCCAUCAAGAUUUUCCCCUUCAAAUCCCUUCGGCACCUGGAGCUCCGAGGUGUUCCCCUUCACUCUCUGCAUGGCCUCCGAGGCAUCUACUCCCAGCUGGAGACCCUGAUUUGCAGCAGGAGCCUCCAGACAUUAGAGGAGCUCCUCUCAGCCUGCGGUGGUGACUUCUGCUCUGCCCUCCCUUGGCUGGCUCUGCUUUCUGCCAACUUCAGCUACAAUGCACUGACCGCCUUAGACAGCUCCCUGCGCCUCUUGUCAGCUCUGCGUUUCUUGAACCUAAGCCACAAUCAAGUCCAGGACUGCCAGGGAUUCCUGAUGGAUUUGUGUGAACUCCACCAUCUGGACAUCUCCUAUAAUCGCCUGCAUUUGGUGCCAAGAAUGGGACCCUCAGGGGCUGCUCUGGGGAUCCUGAUACUGCGAGGCAACGAGCUUCGGAGCCUGCAUGGCCUGGAGCAGCUGAGGAAUCUGCGGCACCUGGAUUUGGCAUACAACCUACUAGAAGGACAUAGGGAGCUGUCGCCACUGUGGCUGCUGACUGAGCUCCGCAAGCUCUACCUGGAGGGGAACCCUCUUUGGUUCCACCCUGCGCACCGAGUAGCCACUGCCCAGUACUUGUCACCUCGGGCCAGGGAGGCUGCUACUGGCUUCCUUCUCGAUGGCAAGGUCUUGUUGCUGACAGAUUCUCAGACUCACACAUCCUUGAGGCUCAGCCCCACGGGCCCACCUUUGCCCUGGCCAGUGGGGAGUACUCCUGAAACCUCAGGUGGCCCUGACCUGAGUGACAGCCUCUCCUCGGGGGGUGUUUUGGCCCAGGCCCCACUUCAUAAGGUUAAGAGCCGAGUCCGUGUAAGGCGGGCAAGCAUCUCUGAACCCAGUGAUACGGACCCGGAGCCCCGAACUCUGAAACCCUCUCCAGCUGGAUGGUUCGUGCAGCAGCACCGGGAGCUGGAGCUCAUGAGCAGCUUCCGGGAACGGUUUGGCCGCAACUGGCUGCAGUACAGGAGUCACCUGGAGGCCUCUGGAAACCCUCUGCCGGCCACCCCCACCUCUCCUGCCCCCAGCACACCUCUAGCCAGCUCCCAGGGCCCUGACACUACACCCAGACCUCCACCCCUGCAGGAGGAAGCCAGAGGCCCCCGGGAGUCACCACAAAAAAUGUCAGAGGAGGUCAGGGCAGAGCCACAGGAGGAGGAGGAGGAGAAGGAAAGGGAGGAGGAGGAGAAGGAGGGGGAGAUGGUGGAACAGGGAGAAGAGGAGGCAGGAGAGGAGGAAGAAGAGGAGCAGGACCAGAAGGAAGUGGAAGCGGAGCUCUGUCGCCCCAUGUUGGUGUGUCCCCUGGAGGGGCCUGAGGGCAUGCGGGGCAGGGAAUGCUUUCUCAGGGUCACUUCUGCCCACCUGUUUGAGGUGGAACUCCAAGCAGCUCGCACCCUGGAGCGACUGGAGCUCCAGAGUCUGGAGGCUGCUGAGAUAGAGCCAGAGGCCCAGGCCCAGAGAUCACCUGGGCCCACGGGCUCAGAUCUGCUCCCUGGAGCCCCCGUCCUCAGUCUGCGCUUCUCCUACAUCUGCCCUGACCGGCAGUUGCGUCGCUAUUUGGUGCUGGAGCCUGAUGCCCACGCAGCUGUCCAGGAGCUGCUUGCUGUGUUGACCCCAGUCACCAAUGUGGCUCGGGAACAGCUUGGGGAGGCCAGGGACCUCCUGCUGGGUAGAUUCCAGUGUCUACGCUGUGGCCAUGAGUUCAAGCCAGAGGAGCCCAGGCUGGGAUUGGACAGUGAGGAAGGCUGGAGGCCUCUGUUCCAAAAGACAGAAUCUCCUGCUGUGUGUCCUAAUUGUGGUAGUGACCACGUGGUUCUCCUGACUGUGUCCGGGGGAACCCCCAACAGGGAGCAGAAACAGGGAGAGCAGUCUCUGGCUCCCUCUCCGUCUGCCAGCCCUGUCUGCCACCCUCCUGGCCAUGGUGACCACCAUGACAGGGCCAAGAACAGCCCACCUCAGGCACUGAGCACCCGUGACCACAGUAGUUGGAGCCUCAGUCCCCCCCCUGAGCGCUGCGGCCUCCGCUCUGUGGACCACCGACUCCGGCUCUUCCUGGAUGUUGAGGUGCUCAGCGAGGCCCAGGAGGAGUUCCAGUGCUGCCUCAAGGUGCCAGUGGCAUUGGCAGGCCACACCGGGGAGUUCAUGUGCCUUGUGGUUGUGUCUGACCACAGGCUGUACCUGUUGAAGGUGACUGGGGAGAUGCGUGAGCCUCCAGCUAGCUGGCUGCAGCUGACCCUGGCCGUUCCCCUGCAAGAUCUGAGUGGCAUAGAGCUGGGCCUGGCAGGCCAGAGCCUGCAGCUGGAGUGGGCAGCUGGGGCGGGCCGCUGUGUGCUGCUGCCCCGAGAUGCCAGGCGUUGCCGGGCCUUCCUAGAGGAGCUCCUUGAUGUCUUGCAGUCUCUGCCCCCUGCCUGGAGGAACUGUGUCAGUGCCACAGAGGAGGAGGUCACCCCCCAGCACCGGCUCUGGCCAUUGCUGGAAAAAGACUCAUCCUCGGAGGCUCCCCAGUUCUUCUACCUUCGGGCGUUCCUGGUGGAAGGCCCUUCCACCUGCCUUGUAUCCCUGUUGCUGACUCCGUCCACCCUGUUCCUGUUAGAGGAGGACGCUGCAGGGCCCCUGGCAGAGCCCCCACCUCCAGCAGCAUCUGGCGAAGCCUCUGAGAAGGUGCCUCCCUCCGGGCCGGGCCCUGUUGUGCGUGUCAGGGAGCAGCAGCCACUCAGCAGCCUGAGCUCCAUUUUGCUCUACCGCUCAGCCCCUGAGGACUUGCGGCUGCUCUUCUACGAUGAGGUGUCCCGGCUGGAGAGCUUCUGGGCACUCCGUGUAGUGUGUCAGGAGCAGCUGACAGCCCUGCUUGCCUGGAUCCGGGAACCGUGGGAGGAGCUGUUUUCCAUCGGACUCCGGACUGUGAUCCAAGAGGCGCUGGCCCUUGACCGAUGAGGGUCCCACGCCGACCUUGGCCCUGACCUCAGGAGCCACACUGUAGACAUUCCCUCUGCUGGUCUCUGGGUCUGGCUUCCAGGCUCUGGCUGUGGACUUCUUCAGCCUCUGGGUACUAGCCAGUGAGGCACCAAAUGACCCAGGGCUUAAGGGAGAGGCGAGAGAAUGAUCUGGCCUCAGGGGACAGGCCACGUGGUCAGGAGGAAUAUUUUUCCUGCACUUUUUCUCAGGUAUCAAUAAAGUUGUUUCCAACUCAUA